AUGCCUCCUGUGCCCAGCCCAGAGACGCCUGCACCUGUGCCCAGCCCAGAGGCGCCAGCUCCUGUGCCCAGCCCAGAGGUGGCAGCUCCUGUGCCUGCAGCCCAGUCGCCCGACGCCACGCCUGCAGCCCAGCCUCUGCCUGUCUGUCCGGCCCCGCCUCUGCCCGAACCGGAUCCGCCUCUGCCCGAGCCAGCUCCGCCUUCCUCUGACUGUCCGGCCCAGCCUCUGCCCGAGCCCCUCUCUGUCCCUGUCCCCGUCACUGUGCCUGUCUUUGUGCCAGUCACCAUCCCCGUGACCGUGCCAGUCACCGUCUCUGUCUCUGUCCCAGUCACUGUCUUUGUUCCUGUCCCUUCCCCUGCCCCUAUGUCUGAGUCUGUCGUGUUUGAGUCUGUCGUCCUGCCCGAGUCUGUCCAGUCUUUGUCUGCUUGUUCCCUGCCCACACUGCAAAAACUGCUUAUCUAA